AUGAGCCCGUUGGCGUACCGACGUGGGUUACGGGAGGAUGUAUGCGCUCUUGCAGAAGGGCGGCUGAUCGGCGAGCUCACGGCAGCUGGGCAUGAGAUCCCUCCUGGCAAUGAGAUAACGAAACCGCAUGAGGCUGAGGUGAUUGGCGAUGAGGUGGAGGAUAAGGAGUGGAGAGCGGAGAUGGCCGAACGGAUGCAUAGGCUGGGGGUUCGCAAUGAGGGUCAGGCAGUGGCUAUUGCCAAGCUCGAGAGGCAAUUGCGUGAGCUGAUGCUUUCCCGUGCUCCGCAGCAUGGCGUUGACGGUGAGGCUGCAGGGGAGGGACAUGGUAAUGAGGCAGGGGACGGUGGAACUGAUGAACCUGCAGCUGUGGAAGUCAAGGGAAGGGUCAAUGCUGGCACGUAUGACAGCAUGGGAGGGGCACAUGGUGAGGGUCCUGUGGCCGCGGGUGCGAGGAGUAACAGUGCGAAAGUGGGGGUGCGUGCUGAGGGUGCUGGAGGCUUGCUGGGUGCUGGCGAGGCCGUGGGUGCUGGCGAGGCCGUGGGUGCUGGCGAGGCCGUGGGUGCUGGCGAGGCCGUGGGUGCUGGCGAGGCCGUGGGUUCUGGGCAUGGUUUGACAGCCUCGAACGCCGACGUGGAUUUGGUGUCAGCAUACAGCGCAGGGACAGAGACGACGAGUCGCAAUAACGCGCGUGGUAGAGCUCCUAGCUCAGGUUAUACAGGAGUAAGCAAACGGGAAAAUAAGUGGGCGGCGAAGCUGUGUGUAGAUGGUCCUAGAGGCAAAUUUUUAGCGCUCGGACGGUACACCGAUAUCCUGGAAGCCGCAACAGCCUAUGCCGCAGCCGCUCACAUCUGCCGACCGUCCCUCUCCGGCUCAAAGAUGGUGGAGUUGACCGAGGAGGACAGGAGGUGCUUGGAGGGUUUGACGUCAAAAGGGGUUGAGCGGAUUGUGGAUGCCAAGCGGUGGCCAGAGUGGAGGAACUGGCGUGCAGUGCUCAGCAGCCUCCCUGAGCCUUCCACCCCAGCGGCAACUGGAGUUCACACACAGGCCCCACCUCCCUUUUCCCACCAGCAUCCUGGAGCCACGUUUGGCUACCAUCAGCCAGCUGCCACCUUCGCGGGACACGCCGGGCCAGCAGACGACAUCAUCGAUGCCUUCCUAGGUCAAGCAACGCAGUAA